CAAAGCUGCAGACCAAACGCACCAAAGUCCCUGCAAACCCCCCCCCCCAGUCCUGCACACAUUCAGACGCAGAGCCAGGAGCUCUUCACAGAACCAAACAGCUGAGCUUUUCCGCUGGUGGGGGUGUUUCUGGGGGACGUUGUGGUUUUUUUUUUUUCCUCUGGAGGAGAAAGAGGCUGAUGCUGUUGUUCAUUCACUGGGAACGUAGCGAGUGAGGAUCCAUCUCUCAGCCUCCCAGCUGCUGCCGCUGCGCUCACAGCCUGGAGUUUAAACCUGGACACACCUGAGCUCCCCCUGGUGGCGACUGCUGUUAACCAAACAGUGUUGAGACUGAACCAUGCGGAUCCUCCUCCUGCUUUGCCUUCUGACGCUUGGCCACACCAAACCCUACCGGCAUGUGGACGUCAUGGAGCUCAUGAAAAACAACGACCUCAUGAUGGCAGAUUGGAAUGACGAUGACGAUAAUGACGACGACGAUGAAGAUGACGACGAUGAUGAUUACGAUGAUGACGACUGCCCAGCUAACUGCCGCUGCUCACCAGGAGUGCUGCAGUGCUCUGAUCAGGGUCUAAUUUCUGUUCCUGAGAAGAUUGCUGAAGACACGCUGAUGAUCGACCUGCAGAACAACGACAUCACCGAAAUCAAGGAGGACGACUUUAAAGGCCUCAACAGGCUUUAUGGUCUGUUUCUGAUCAACAACAAGAUCUCCAAGAUUCACCCCCAAGCCUUCAGGAACAUGGAGCGCCUGAAGCUGCUCUACCUGUCCUACAACCUGCUGACGGACAUCCCGGCCAACCUGCCUCCCAACGUCAUCGAGCUGCGCUUCCACGAGAACAACAUCAACCGCAUCCAGAAGGAGGCCUUCAAAGGCCUCAGGAAGCUGCACGUGUUGGAGCUGGGAGCCAACCCUCUGGCCAACAGCGGCAUCGAGCCGGGAGCCUUCGACGGCCUCGCCACGCUCUACAUCGGAAUAGCAGAGGCCAGACUGACGGCGGUGCCUAAAGACCUCCCGUCCUCCAUCACUGAGCUGAGUCUGGACUACAACAAGAUCUCCAAGGUGGAGGUGGAGGACUUCAAGAGAUAUAAAAACCUGCAGAGGUUAGGACUGGGCUUCAACCACAUCCGGUCGGUGGAAAACGGCAGCCUGGCCAGCAUCCCCAACAUCCGGGAGGUCCAUCUGGACCACAACCGCUUGAAAAGGGUCCCGCCGGGCCUGGGCUCCCUGCGCUACCUCCAGGUGAUUUUUCUGCACAGCAACAAAAUCAGCACCGUGGGAUACAACGACUUCUGUCCCAGGUCUGCCAGCGAGAAGAAGAACCUGUACGGCACCAUCAGCCUGUUCGCCAACCCGGUGAAAUACUGGAACAUUCAGCCGGCCACCUUCCGCUGCGUGGCCAACCGGCGGGGCAUCCAGCUCGGGAACUUCAGGAGGAAGUAGAGCGAGACGGCGGCGGCUCAGAAACAGACCCAACAUCCUCAUGACAGAAGGAGAUUAAAAAAGGAGACGAAAUAAAUCCCUAGGCAGUAAACUGUCUCAAAUUAGAUUGAUCUUUCAUUAUAUUCACAUAUAUUAAAACUACAGGAGAUGCUGUUGAUGGUUGGUGGUUUAUUCUGAUAAAUGUUCACUCUUCAGUCAUAAGCUAACAGCAGGGAGUGUUUACUGCAACUACAGGAACGAUCAAUAUAAUACCGUCACUGCUUUCAGAGGGGAUGGGGGGGGGGCAUAUUUGUCUUAUUAUGAAAACCACUCUGUUCUUUUAUUAUCUUUAAAUAAAAUUGCUUUUAGUUCUUUUCCUUCUGGUUCGGAUGGGAUCCAGCUGAUGUGUUUUUGUUGUCUCUGUAAAACUUUGUAAAAACCUCUUUUGUUGAACAUUUUUAAUGUUGGGAUGUUAUAAUUUUCUACAGAAGACUAAAACUGUAACAGACCAGGUGUUUAAAUGUUGCUUUUCCCCUCCUGGAGGCGGCGCUGAGUGGAUGUUGUACGUAAUCUCUCUGCAUGCUUGUGUCGUCAGUAUUUAGAGGCUGAAGUCGGUUCGGAG